AUGAUAAUCAACACACGCGUCUCUGCAUCCACAACCCGCAAUGAAAACGCUUUAUCGGUCGCACCGAACUAUUCGGCUCCGGUCAGAACCCGAGAGCUUUGUGAUCCUCCAAUUCAUUCCCGAACGCCCGUCUACAUGAUUUUGACGUCCUUCCGCAGUCUGGAUGAAAACACUUCAGUUUCCCACCAAACUGCGUCACGUUGGGACUGUCGCGCCCAGUGA